AUGUUCCCUAGGCAUCUAUUCACUGCUAGAGCAAUUGCUCGUAGCUAUCAAAAGCAAAGUUUAGUAUUCAGGAGGCUCAAAUCUACAAGACCUCCACCAACUCCUCCACCAACAUUAAAGGGAAAUACGUUGCUCAUUUUGGGUGCAUUGGUUAUAGGUUCAACCAUUGCUGCAACAUUAUACAAUAGAGACGGUCCUAAAUCUGCAUUUGAACCAAGUGGGGCCACCACGCAAGCCAAUACACCAGAGUUCACACCCGGCAAGAUCAACGUUGUGUUUGUUCUUGGUGGCCCAGGGGCCGGUAAAGGUACCCAAUGUGACAUUUUGGUAAAAGAGAGAGGUUUCACUCAUUUAUCAGCUGGUGACUUGUUAAGGGCUGAGCAAGUUAGGAAAGGAUCGAAAUAUGGUGAGUUGAUUGCCAAGUGUAUCAAGGAGGGAACCAUUGUUCCACAAGAGGUUACGAUUGAAUUAUUGAAAAACGCCAUCAAGGAAAAAUACCAAAAUGGUCAAACAAAGUUUUUAGUUGAUGGAUUCCCCAGAAAAAUGGACCAAGCAUUAACAUUUGAAGAGACAAUUGCCAAAUCAGCCUUGACGAUUUUCUUUGAGUGUCCUGAGCAAGUCAUGUUGCAAAGGUUGUUAGAGCGAGGUAAAACUAGUGGAAGAGCCGACGAUAACAUUGAGAGUAUAAAGAAGAGAUUUAGGACAUUUGUGGAAACAUCGAUGCCUGUGGUUGACUAUUUUGACAAACAAGGUAAAGUUGUAAAAGUGAGAUGCGAUCACCCUAUCCCUGUUGUUGCCAAACAAGUAUUGGACGCAUUAAAGGAAAAAGGAAUCCAGUUUUAG